UAUGAAAAUAAUCAUGAAAAGCACGGCUUAAACCUUCUCAAAUUGAUUCGCAAAAUUGGUUCAGGCACGUUUGGAAUUAUUUAUAAAGCAAUCGACUAUAAAACGCGUAAACUAUACACUAUCAAAAAGGCAAAAAUUAAUUUGAAGGAAACUUUUAAAGAGAUAUCAAUAUUGAUAAAAGUCGAGUCAAUAUACGUGGUCAAGUAUUUGUGUAUCUGGGUAAUAGACACCGAUAUUUGCAUUCAAAUGCAAUUAUGCUCAACAGAUCUCAAGAGUAUUCUUGAUGUCAAACCACAAGUAUUUGGCCGACAAUCGGGUCAAGUCAUGGGUUUGGUCGAGUAUUUCAUAUCGUGUGAAAUAUACCGCCAAAUCUUACAAUGCGUUCAGUAUUUGCAUGAACUCAAUGCACCGGUCAUUCACCGGCACCUCAAACCCGACAAUAUAUUAAUCGCUAGGCGUGUGAGGAAAGGCAGGUUUAUUAAGUUGUGUGACUUCGAGUUGGCAUCAAUGGAAAGGGUCACUAAUACCAAGCAUACUGGUUUGGUGGGUACACUCGGGUAUAUGGCACCGGAGUCUAAACUGUACAGAAAGUAUAGCACGAAAUCAGAUGUUUGUAGCCUGGCUAUCAUUGCCAACGAAUUCUCAAAUUUGUUGGAUAUGUAUUGCGGCAAAAAUAUACUUGACCUGAAUGUUAUCGAGUAU